UUACAUUGGUUUAGCCAGAAAGGAAUUAAGAUGACGUGCAUCUCCCAUUGGUUGCUACUCCUCUCAUUGGCCAGUGCUGCCCUAAGUCUGCCUCUAUGGAGAGAACGCAGUGGGCUCAUAGAAAUGGAGAACAGCAUCCGGCUUGGGGGCAAUAUCAUACUGACCCCCAGUGAGGCAACAGCCAAUAGGAAGCUAAUGACUGUGAAGGAAGCAGAGCUCAAAGAGGCUGAAAGUACAGGCUUAUUUCCUCCCAGCAUGCACUUCUUUAAGGCCCGCCCACUCAUCCAGAAGAGCCGUAUUUUUAGCAUUCUGCGGGAGAUGCCCAAAGGGGGCGCUCUGCAUUUACAUGACUUUGCCAUUCUCGGUGUGGAUUGGCUGGUGAAGAAUGCCUCCUACAUUGCAGACUGUUACAUGUGCUUUACUAGGGACGGGGGAGUCCGAUUCAUGUUCUCGAAGCCUGCCCCUGUGGGAAAGCUGCCUCCUGGCUGUUCGGAGUGGAUCCUGCUGGAGGCUUACCGGAAGAAGCUGGAAAAUGUGACGGAAUUUGACAAUAGCCUAAUAAGGAACCUUACGCUGCUGACUGACGCGCCUGAGACGCAUAUCCCGUCUCAGGAUGAAAUCUGGCGAAGGUUUGAGGGGGCUUUCAUCACCGCCUCUGGGCUCAUCUGCUACGCCCCGGUCUUCAAGGUGUAUUUCUAUGAGGGUCUGCGAGAGCUGUAUGAAGAUAAUAUCCAGUAUAUAGAAAUGAGAGCCAUGCUCCCUCCGGUGUACGAGCUCGAUGGGACUGUCCAUGAUCAGUUCUGGUCCAUGGCUGCCUACAGGGAUGUGGCAAAUCAAUUUACUGGAGCCCAUCCGGAUUUCCUGGGUGCUAAAAUCAUCUACACUGUGCACAGGCAUGAAGAUAUAGCUCAGGUUUCUGAGGCCGUGCACCUCGCCAUGAAACUGAUGGAAGAGUUCCCUGACAUCAUGGCCGGAUUUGAUUUGGUUGGCCAAGAGGACGCUGGACAUUCCCUUUAUGAGCUGAGUGAUGCACUCAACAUCCCCAGCAAAUUGGGAGUAAAGUUGCCAUACUUCUUCCAUGCAGGAGAGACCACUUGGCAGGGAAAGGAUGUGGAUGAGAAUGUUUUGGACGCUUUGCUGCUAAACACCACCAGGAUUGGUCAUGGCUAUGCUCUCGUCAAGCAUCCGGUGGCUCGAAACUUGUCUCUCGAACUGAAUGUCCCCCUUGAGAUCUGCCCGAUAUCCAACCAGGUUCUCCUGCUGGUGUCUGACUUGCGCAAUCACCCUGCCGCAGUGCUUAUGGCUGAAGGGCACCCUCUGGUGAUCAGCUCUGAUGACCCAUCCAUCUUCGGUGCUCAGGGAGUUUCAUAUGACUUUUACGAGGUGUUUAUGGGAAUUGGAGGUGCCAAGGCAGAUCUGAGGACCCUCAAACAGCUCGCUGAGAAUUCUAUCAAGUACAGCGCUUUGUCAAAGGAGGGAAAAGAGAAACUUACAGAAAUAUGGCAGAGGAAAUGGGACAAGUUCAUAGAGGAUCUGGCCAUGAACCCGGAGGCGUCAGAGAGGGAGCUGUAGGGUGGUGUGUGAGUGCUUCUACUUCAGGGGUAGGGGCACUUAUUUGGCAGUAGGUAAUGGAAUCAAGGAAUCUGGAUAAAGUAUAGGUGAGCUUAUAAAUCUCCAGCAUUCCUCAUACAAAAAUAUGGACAUUUUUGUCUGCACUUCCAUCUGAACAGACCACUUAUAGCUACACUGAGCCCAUCUAUAAGCCACCUAAAUGCCUUGAGUCAGUUGUUAAAAAAGGAGGGGUAAAAGGACUCUGAUUACUGUGACAUUACUGUAUACACCAGGCUACACUCGGUCCUACUCUGUACUGCUUAUAUAAAAGCAACAUUAAGGUGGCUGGGGUGGUAUAUUGAACCAAACGUUUGCACUUCUUAAAUAAAUGUGCUCUGUACAGUGAAACGGAGAAGGAGAACCAUUUAAGAUCGUGGAAUUAGGAAAAAACCUUAAUUGUGUAUACAGAGAUGUAGAGGAUGAUACUCAAGUGAAAUUGCCUUAAUGGAAUUAAUGGAAUUAGGCCAUGUAGCCUUUAUUUUAUAGAACUUCCCCCUCAGUCUGGGCAGGGUCCAUCCAUGGUUCCCUCAUUCUCUGCACCAUGUUGUGCCAACAUAGGAUUCAGCUGUUAGAAUAAUGCCCAAAAACCGUGGCCAAUCAGUCCAUAUUUAGAUUUGGGGUUUGUAGUUAAAGCCAUUUUCUACACAGAUUCCUAUAGUAUCACAGGGCCACAUAAAUAUAAAAUACCCUAGAAGACAUGGCAGGAUAAAUACAGUCUCAACCCAAAACCUAACGUUGAAAGCAAUAGUUCCCCUUAAUUAACCUGUAGUAUGAUAUAGGCAUCGCCACUCUGUGGCAAGUUGCAGACAGUCUUCAUUUUUCAUGGUUUUAAUUUUUUUAAGGGGAAAUUGAAGUUUACAUUGGAACGGCACUGGUCUAUAAAUAGAAGUGCCAGUCGGGUUCAGGUCAGAUGUGGUUAGGAAGCGGGUGGGUUAGGGUCGAGUGCAGGUUGAGUUUUUGUCGACACACCACUAAUACAGAAGCAAAUACAAGUAGGCAGUUUCAUUUGACUUAGGGUGGUGGGGAUUCCUGUCUUUGUUGUUAAUGUUGUGUGAGCCUUCGAUUUGCCUCAUAUUUGUGUUUUUUAUGUAGUAGAAUAAAAGUGUUGUGUAUGUUCCUA